AUGUCUACUCCAAAGCAUACUCCCACAAAAGCUUAUCCUGUAUCAACCGUUAAUCUUAAGGAGAUUUGCCGAUUGUGCCGCAUAAAUUUCAAGAUUGCUGGUCGUGGUCAUUACAACAUAUUUUCGGGAUUUAAGCAUGAUUUACAGCGUCAACUGUCUGGAUUGCUGAAACGCGAUGUUGUUCAAGAGAACCAUUUGUCUUCUGUGGUGUGUCAAGGAUGUUUUCGAAGGAUUCAAAAAUUCGAAAAGUUCCAGAAACAGCUGGAUGAUUUUGUUACGGCUUAUUCCGAAAACGAAAGUAUUCGAGUUCGCGAGAAGAGGUGUCGCCAGCUUUGGGAGUUGGUUAGAAUGGAACAACAAAGAGAUUAUGUACUACAUCCUCAGGUCGUGUGCUGUCUUCUCCCCUGA